UGGCAGAGAUACCGGCUGGCUGCAUGGAACUCUGGGUAGGAGUGUGUAGCGAUCGCUGUCUCCUUUCCGUCACGGAAAUAACCGAGGACAGCCAACCACACGCGAUGCGAGCUGCACAUCGUGUCAUCAUGGCGCAACGCUGCUUACUUCUGUGCAUUCUCCUUGACGCUAUCUCAGCCUCUGACGGAACCUUAAGAUACGUACAAGUGCUGUUUCGCCAUGGAGAUCGGACACCCACACACGCCUACCCUACUGACCCCCAUCAAAAAGACACGUGGCACCAGGGCUGGGGAAAACUCACACAGGAAGGCAUGAGACAGGAGUAUGAACUCGGCCAGUACUUACGACAACGCUACGUCGGCAGCGGCUUCAUUCACGGAAACUACACAGCAGAUGAGAUUCACGUUCUUGCCACGUAUAAAGACCGCGCUAUAAUGAGCGCCAACUGCAUGCUGGCUGGCCUGUUUCCUCCGACAGGAUAUCAGAUUUGGAACCCCGCUAUACCGUGGCAACCCAUCCCUAUUCACACACUGCCCAAAGAAGAUGACUUUAUAUUGGAAAUGAAGUGCCCCACGUACGAUGCCCUGGCAUACAAACUGUCGAAAACGGGCUAUAUUAAACAGUUUGUGACACAGAAUCAGGAUCUGAUCGAUCUACUUGGACAACACUCGGGGUAUCCGCCCAACUUUGAAAGUCUGUUGGACAUGAUUGACCCCAUAUAUGUAGAGAAUGCCCACAACCUGACGUUUCCUCCGUGGCUCCAACAGAAUGACGUGUACAAGAGGUUCCUGGCACUCAAAGACAUGAAGGCUCAGAUAAAGUUCCACACGAAACCCAUGGCCAGGAUACGAGGGGGCCCCUUGCUAGGGAAGUUCAUUAAGAACAUGGAUGACGUUGUCAACUUUAACAACGUCACACAAAAGAUUGACUUCUUCUCAGGCCACGACACGAACAUCAACGCUCUGUUGUCCGUGAUGGGAAUGUUCAACCAACUCCACAUCAUGUACGCUGGGGCAGUGCUUGUGGAGCUCCACCACUAUGCGACUGUGGGAUACACUGUGGAGUUCUACUACAGAAAUGACACCAACGUGCAACCAUACUUACUGACAGUACCGGGAUGUGGUUCGUCGUGUCCACUGUCAACGUUAAAGGUGUUGACACGUGACGUCAUUCCAGAUGACCCCGUAGCCUCGUGCUUGGGUCAUCCCUCCACACCCCCGUGCUCGACACAAGGGUCCAGCAGCACAUAUGGAGCACAGUCUGUUCUACUCCUCGCGUUGGUGAUCACAGGGGUUUUCCUGGUUUAAUAUCAUGGUUCGACGUAACUUUGUUGGUUACAAACCGAAGCGGUCUGUAAAUAAUCGAGUCUUGAUCAGACAAUCCAGUGAUUGACAUGAGCAUUUAUCCACGCAACUGGGAUACGAUGACAUGUAACCAGCCAAGCUACCGAGCCUGACCCCCAAUUUAUUUAAGUCCUCUCUUACGACAAGGACGGGCUGCUGUAAAUGCAUGUGUAUGUGUGCAAAGGAUGAAGGUGCUGAAGACAAGCGUCAACCACCCCGUGAAGAUCCGGGUCAGAAUAGGUCUUCAGCAACCAAUGCUUGCCGUAAGAGGCGACUAACGGGAUCGAGUGGUCAAACUCGCUGACUUCGUAAAUGCAUGUUACCGUAUCCCAAUUGCAGA